AUGGAUCCGAUUCAAGAAGCGAUUGCAGAAAUCGAAUCGCGCGAACCAGGAGAUAAAUUCUCGUACCAACAAAUCGCGAAAAAGUAUGGCGUCAACCGCGUUACGCUCGCUCGAAGGCACAAGGGGGAAACUGAAGCCUAUGGCAUCCGCAAGCGAUUCCUCCACCCACAACACGAAACUGAGCUUGUACGAUACAUUGAUACGCUUAAUGAGCGACGUACACCACCUACAAGAGCAAUGAUACAACGCUACGCUUCAUCUUUGGCUGGUUUUGAGGUUACAGAACAGUGGGUUUCCCGGUUUAUCAACCGCCACCCGGAUCAUCUGAUCUCUCGCUACACCAAAGGGAUGACCCGCCUAAGGCACAGCGCUGAUUCAGGCAGUAAGUACAGCUUGUACUUCAAGCUUUUGCAUGAAAAGAUGGAGGAGUACAACGUACAACCCCUCCAUAUAUUCAAUAUGGACGAAAAGGGAUUUCAACUUGGAAGGAUUGGCAGAUCAAAGCGUAUCUUCUCCAAAGCUCUCUACGAGCAAAAGGGGUUACGGCAAGCUCUUGAAGAUGGCUCAAGCGAGUGGAUAACCGUUAUGGCUUGUAUUUGUUCGGAUGGCAAAGUAUUGAGUCCUUCUCUCAUCUUCCAGGGGUCCAACGGAGCUGUUCAAUCAAGCUGGGUUGAUGCUAUACAAGAAGGAGAGCACUCAGUC